AUGUCAGAAGUAAAAAUUUUUUCUUUCGAAGAAGUCGCCAAACACAACACCGCUGACGAUUUGUGGAUGGUCAUCGAUGGUAAGGUGUACGAUUGCACCAAGUUCUUACCAGAACACCCAGGUGGUGAAGAAGUAGUUAUUGACUGUGGUGGAAUUGAUGCCUCCCAACCUUUUGAUGACAUCGGUCACUCUGAAGACGCCAGAGACAUGUUGAAAGAUCUUUACAUUGGUGACAUUGAUCCUGCCUCUUUGCCAGUGACUUCUGGUGAUUCCAGCAGCAACAAGGCUGCUGGAUCUGGUGGCUCUUCUUUGCCUUUGAUCUUGACUAUCCUUGUCGCCCUUAUUGCUGCUGCUUACUUUGUGUUGAACAACCAACAGCAAUGA